GGAAUAACAAAAAGAAGCGUGCGCUAUUCGUGAAUUCUGAACAAUCUCUUAAAAAAUGGAUGACGGGGAAUAUGAUAAUGAUGAUGUCGGCGGUGAUGAUUUCGAUGAUGUCGAUGAGGACGUGGACGAGGAUAUCGCUCAGGAGGAAGAAGUGGAUAAUAUUGAGAUUAUUGCACCCGGUGGCGCAGGGGGCGGUGGUGUACCCAAGUCCAAACGGAUCACCACUAAAUAUAUGACGAAAUACGAGCGCGCGCGUGUUUUAGGCACACGAGCACUUCAGAUUGCGAUGUGCGCACCCAUUAUGGUAGAACUGGAUGGAGAGACGGAUCCACUACAGAUUGCGAUGAAAGAACUGAAGCAAAAGAAAAUUCCAAUUAUCAUACGUCGCUUUCUGCCAGAUCACUCAUACGAGGAUUGGAGUAUAGACGAGCUUAUCAUGGUGGAUAACUAGCACGGUUAGAUGUAAGAACAGAAUAGCUAUAACACAUUUAUUACAUUUGAAAAAAAAAACAUAAAUAUAAAGCCACCCUAA